CUCCGGUUCCUGCUAUGGUGGGCGGUAUCCCUGUGAAUUUUGCCAAAAUGACUGAACCAUCACAGAAGAACAACUCCACUCAACAAGAGCCCACUAACCACAUGUUUCCAGAGAAAAGCAGUCCGAUUGGACAGAAGCAACUGCAACAGAUAGAACGGCAGCUAAAGUGCUUAGCAUUUCAAAACCCUGGACCUCAGGUGGCAGAUUUUAACCCCGAGACAAGGCAGCAGAAAAAGAAAGCACGGAUGUCAAAGAUGAAUGAAUACUUUUCUGUGAAGUACAAGGUGAUGAAGAAGUACGACAAAAGCGGCAGGCUGAUCUGUAACGACGUGGACCUAUGUGACUGCCUGGAGAAGAACUGCCUGGGAUGCUUCUACCCGUGCCCCAAGUGCAACUCCAACAAGUGUGGGCCGGAGUGCCGCUGCAACCGCCGCUGGGUCUAUGAUGCCAUCGUCACCGAGUCUGGCGAGGUCAUCAACACCCUGCCAUUUAGUGUUCCUGACUAGAUGUUAUGCAUAGAUUCAUGGCUAGAUUCACCUCUCUCCCUGUCCCUCUCCCU